AUGUCUUCAAACAUCGUAGACGGCGAUCUCACGGUCCCGCCCCCCAAGCCGUUCGGCGAGAUGUGCUUUCUAGAGCUCCCUGUCACGGACGCGGGGCGCGCCGCCAAGUUCUACACGGCGGUGCUGGGAUGGAAGUGCGGCGAGGCCUCCAUGCCGUCGCCGACGCCGUGGGUAAAGUCGGUGCACUUCUUCAAUAAGGGGGGCCUCAACGGUGCGUUCCUCCUAAUGGAGAAGAGCAACCAGAUUAUCAACUACGACGGGUCGAAACCGGAGCGAGUGUCAGUACUGCCGACAUUCUGCGUGGCAAGCAUCGAAGAGACGGUUGAGAAGGCCGAGAAGUUGGGCGGGAAGGUCCAUGUGCCGAAGACCGCGAUUGGUGGUGGGAUGGGUUUCUUCUGUCGGUUCAUCGAUUGCGAGGGCAACUUGGUCGGUAUCUGGGCUCAGGAGUAA